GGUCAGGUUUUGUGCGCUUUCGCUCUCAAGUCGCUAGCUCCGCUUCGCGUGCGAGGUUGUUCACGCUGGUCCGGAGUCUGGAGAUUGAGUUUGGUGUCGCAUAAGAACUCUGGCUUUAGGCAGAUAAAAGAUGGCUGUCUUUCUGUAUAACUCAGAAGCCUGUGGAUUAAGAUGUACAAAAAGUAACUGAUGUUCUCAGUCUGGAAUAGGUAUGAGUGAUUUCAGUGAGGAAUUGAUAAGGCCCACAACAGAGGAUGAACAGGGGGAACCGCAUGUGCCCUCUGGUACAGGAAUAUGUCUUCCUUGGCUCCAAAAGCAUAUAGAAACCAUAGCGACUGGAGGAAAACAAGAGAAGGAUUUUGCUCAGACAACAAGUGCUUGUUUAAGUCUUAUCCAAGAAGCUCUGCUGAAGCACCAGUGGCAGCGAGCUGCAGAAUACAUGCACAGUUACUUUCAGAUCUUGGAAGAUUCAGAUAGCAAUAAAAGACAGAUUGCACCGGAGAUUAUUUGGAGGCUUGGAAGUGAAAUUCUUUAUUAUCAUCCCAAAAGCAAUGUGGAGACUUUCAAUACCUUUGCUGACCGGAUGAAAAAUAUUGGUGUCAUGAAUUACUUGAAGAUCUCCUUACAACAUGCAUUAUACCUUCUGCAUCAUGGUAUGCUUGAGGAUGCAAACAGAAAUCUCAGCCAGGCAGAGACAUGGCGAUAUGGUGAAAAGUCGUCUUCUCAGGAAGUGUUAAUCAACCUUAUUCAGGCCUAUAAAGGUCUUUUGCAGUAUUAUAUUUGGUCUAAAAAGAAGAUGGAAUUGUCUCAGCUUGAUGAGGAUGAUUAUGCUUACAACACAGCGUCCCAGAAUAUGCUCAACCACAGCUGGAAGACAUCUAUAAACCUUUGUGCAUUGAUUCAAAUUCCUGGAGUUUGGGACCCCUUUGUGAAGAGUUAUGUAGAGAUGCUGGAAUUCUAUGGGGAUCAAGAUGGAGCCCGAGAGGUGCUUACCAAUUACGCCUAUGAUGAAAAGUUCCCAUCAAAUCCAAAUGCUCAUAUCUACUUAUACAACUUUUUAAAGAGAGAGAAGGCACCAAGAGAGAAACUGAUAAGUGUGCUUAAGAUUUUGUAUCAGAUUGUACCAUCUCAUAAACUGAUGUUAGAAUUCCAUAGAUUACUGAGAAAAUCAGAAAACGAAGAACACCAUAAACUGGGGUUGGAGGUAUUAUUUGGAGUCUUAGAUUUUGCUGGAUGCACUAAAAAUAUUACUGCUUGGAAAUAUUUGGCAAAAUAUCUCAGACAGACUUUAAUGGGUAGUCAUCUUGCCUGGGUUCAGGAAGAGUGGAACUCCAGGAAAAACUGGUGGCCAAGCUUUCACUUCAGCUACUUUCUGGCAAAAAGUGAUUGGAAGGAAGAUAAAACUUUGGCUUGUGAGAAAGCUUUGGUAGCUGGGUUAUUGUUAGGAAGAGGUUGUAGAUAUUUUCGGAAUAUUUCAAAACAAGAUCAUCAGGUCUUAAAGAAGAAAAUUAAGCAGGUGAAGAAGUCAGUGAAAAAAUACAGCAUUGUAAAUCCAGGACUCUGAUAACUGAAUUUUAGUUACUUCAGAUUAGUAGCUGCAGAGUAGUAACUCAGUUGAUAGCUUUAAAUGUAUUUAUUUAUUUGGUAUUUUAAGAAGGUAGCUUAUUUGGCUAUGAAAAAGUUAUAUAUUUAAUAUUUUCUUUUACUAUCAGUUAUAGCUAGAGAAAUAGUGUCAUUGCCUUUGCUCUUUGUAAAUAUAUUUUUUCUUUUUUUCAUACUGUUAAAUGUAACAUUUACUAAGGAAUAAUCUUCAAAUAAAAAUAUAUUUGUUUAA